CGAGGUCACAGGGACUUGGCAUACGUGCCAUAUCUUCCAUUAGACUCGCAUCUCCUAUUCAAUAUCAUAUCAUCCAUUGUAGUACAGAGCUGCCUUUUCUGCACCUCACUUUCCUUAAAAUGUUAGCUAAAUAAAAAUUAACUCUCGAAUUAGUAUAUUGAUAUUCGAGGCGAAAGAGCAAAGAAGAAAUAUAACCUUACAUUUUUUAUUUAUCUUUAUUCUUUUACAGACAAAAUAUUUAGCUAACCGUUCACCAUUUAUAUAGUAGAUGUUUUAUCGCAAUCUUUGCACGUAGUCGCUGACAGACCGAUGGAGCGCUCUAAAACUACGUACGUACCAUUUACGGACCGUCCGUUUACAGAACUGUACGCAAAGCAGUGAUUGUUUUUAAUAAGGAUUUUUAGCGAUAUUUUUUUUGUCGUGAUGAAAGUAAAGCAAUAGACUCUAACAAGUUUUACAAUAAACGAAAGAUGUCUCGAUGACGAAGUAGUUAGACGAUUACCUCGAUCUGUAAACUAGUAAGAUCAUUUAUGAGCAACGAUGAAGGAAAUGCGGUUUUCUUUUAGUUCUCUCUUUGAUUUCUCUAGAAGCCACAAUACUAGGCGUGUGGCUAAUUAGAAGAGACAGAUUACAAGGCAAAUCUUUCAAAGGCGUUCCAAAAAAGAUGUUUUUUUCCUUGUCAUGUCCUAUUGAUCAGUAACCCAAUAUAUUAUUAAAAUAGAAUACAGACGAAAUGCUUUUCGAAACUUUCCUAUAGAUAAUAUUAAUAGUGAAUACAAUUAAAUGUACCUGUAAUAUCGUAAUACGGUUGUAGCUUUUCUUUCUACACUUUUCUUUAUACCAUCUACCUAACUUGCUUGACAAAUACGAUGUAAUACAAUGAGUGGGACAAUUAAUAUUGUUACGUUUCUAGCUUGUUUUCUACCGUGACGCAUACGUUUCCCGGCGAGGUUCAAGCGCAUAGGUUUAAUAGUAAUAGACCGAAUGAAUGCAAUGAUGAUGGCUGCGUAAUAUUUAUAUACUGCUAGACAAACUAUAUUAUUAACCAAAAUACACUUAGCUUUAGAAGAAAAUGCACUCUUUCGGUUUUUUCGAUAGAGUUUCCUUUAUAUGCUCGUGUAGUACUUAAUUAAAUCACGUUUGUUGUGCAGGUUAUAUGGCUUCCAUGGGGGGCCAAUUUCUUUGCAGUUCUUUCGCGUCUUCGUUGCCUGUCAUGUUAUUUCAUGAGAGGCGACCUAUUGUUAUUUCAAGUACGUGAGACAUUUAAAGAGAAAAAGAAGAUUGGUUGAGCCAGGUAGCCCUUUUACUGUGGGCAGAAAUCGUAGAUAGAACAAAACCUAUGCUUAUACAUAUCGCUUAGCGCUAUACUAUGUACUCUGCUUACCGUCGUCACAGACUUUUCACGCCAUUAUAAUAAAAACAGCUUCCGUCAACAUCUAAUAAAUAUGUUUGAAUAUACCCCCAUGAACCCCCCGGCCGCAUGCCAUCGAUGAUAAAAAAAUGCUGCCUUCUUUUGGCUCCGCCUGAAACUCAAUAGGCACUCAAAGCACCACAAACUCAGCCGAGGCUCGACGUAGACCUCUCGACGGAUCUUCUCUCACAGAAUUAUGAUGAACCUAAUAUUUUCUUAAAUCCCGAAAACUACAGGCUUAGAUACCUUUUGGCUCAUUCGGACUCUGAGACAAUUUUUUAGGCGCAGCAAGUUUUUGUUUGAUUCUGUCGGUUUCUGUGUACUCUGUCCUCAAAACAAUGGAUUGGAAAUGUGUUUACCUGCUACUAAACCUAGCGACAUUCAACGAAAAGCAGUCUGGGUCCGGCAUAGGCAUUUUUCGACAGACAUUUAUACCUGCAUAACUUAUUUAGUAGUUUCAUCCCUUUGAAUACAUGGCCAUGUGUGGAUCCGGGCGGCAAGUAACUUAGCUUCUUGUCUUUCUUAUCAGAUAUAUACGGUUGUUUGAUAGAGCAGAAUACAACACAGAAUAUUAAAGCUUACUAACUUGAUAUUUUCAUUUUAUUUAUACGUUUUAGUGCCUCCGUUACGAGUUUAUGUGAAAAAGCAUCUUCCAUUCAGCAGUCACCAAAGAGCGUAAGCGUAGCGGUAAUAAAACUACGACCAUACAUGAUUUCACUUAUUAAUCAUGCUCAUACAUAGUAUCGUAGUGCAGAUUGUCGCAACAAGGGGCACUGUCUGCGUAAGCUCCACAGCUCGAACGAUGUUGCCCUUUAUACUGGCACGGGCUGGUUAAAGCAACCCAGAAAGUUCCACACAUAGCUUUGCAUGCCCGUGGCCCUCGACAAACUCCUAAAGGGCAUCUCUACCUUAUCAAAUGAGCGUUUCGGAGCAGGCAGUGUAUACAGCUAUCGCACUUCUCCGGACCUUACUUUUCGCAGUCAGCGAAUGUUGUAUCGGACUAGUAGAUCUCGAGGGGUUGCAAAGUAAUAGUGCUCCCAAUAAGGAAGUAUAUUGUUGCUUUUGCCGUAUCGCAGUCGCUCUUGAAAGUCGACAUGUUUUAGCCCAGCUCCGAGUUAAGAAGAAUAAUAACUUUCUGAUUAUUAUUAGGCAUUUUCCGCCCACCGCUUUUCCUUAACGAAAGUGCUCAGAGGCAAAUAAAUUUCACGGAAACUAUACGUGUAUAUAAGUAAGAAUGAGCUUAUUUAUUAUUCACCUACAUUAUGUAGUAUUUAGAUUUUUAUGCAGAAGCACAACGGACCAAGUGUGUAGGCCACAUAUCUAUGAAUGUUUGAUUGAAUGCCGCGCCAACAAACUAAGUUAUCAUUGUGUCAUAACUGAAAGCAGAUGGAUCCCGUACAAAAUGCAUCGUUAAACGAGAAACAUCAGCUCCAUUGACCACACCACUUUGAUAUCAGACGCACAGAUCUCACCCGACACCGGAGUUCGCAACACAAGAGCUUUGUCGCGCCAGGCGCAUGUCUCAAUGCGUUUAUCCAGUUGAACGCGCCAUGAUUCAGCAAUUCGAACGACUAGCCGAAUGAAAAAGCCCGGGCAAGCUCUUCCAGUUAUUCGUUCACUGAUUACGGCAUCAGCUAGAACACCCAGGCGACGCUCUCAAAAGUACUACAAAAUACUUUUAUGUAACAGAAAAACAGCACAAGAGGCAGCUUUCGAGAUCAGAUACUAGCGUCCGUUGUGGCCCCAUUAUAUCUACCGUUAUUGUUUAAUAUGCUACAUUGAAGCAAUUCGUGUUGUGUGUAUUUCUUGGGAGCUUGUCCUAUUUCCACAAACGCUGACACAUGGAUACGAUAUAGUUCAUAAGUUUCUGGUAAUGUACAAGUGUCACGAAAGAGAAACUUUACAUAGAGAGAGCGAAUAACGCCAAUAAUUUCGGAGCGAAAACGGCAUCGUGAAACUGAAAUUAAGAAUGGACAAGUUGCGAGCUUCUAUCGAAAAUCUAGAUCGAGACGCGCCAUUGGGCCUUCGAUUUCAGAUUAGCGGCGUCAUUGAACGACAUAUUAGAGAAAAAUCGGGUAGAAAUUUAGCUGGCAUUUACAAAGCGAUUCGAAAGGAUACUGAUGAACUUGGAAAGCAAUCAUUUCGCGUCGUUGUCUUUCGUCAGAUGGUUAGCGCCGUUCUCCGGUUUUGGUUUGAGUCCGAAGUAGACCUCGUUGCAGAGUCGCUUAACGACCUUCUAGUCGAGCUGUUGGCGGAUGUGACUCUAUUGCCCCCUGCAGAUAGUUCCGGCCUAUGUGAAACAAUUGUCGAUAAUCUUGGUUGUCCUAUGACAAUCGAGUUGUUGUCGUCGCUGUUGUUACACGCUUCGUCGACGGGCGUGCGUGUCCUGUGGCGGGCAACCCGUGUUGCGGAUCUGAAGACCGCGCUCGUCCAAGCCAUCGUGGAUAAGGCGCCAUGGAAAGACGAUUUUGUACCAUACAUUGCCAAGUUUUUUAGGGAGAUCGAACCGACAGCAGCACAGAUGACCGUAAUCUCGCCGGUGUUGGCCCCAUAUAUCAGCUCACUUCCAGGGGCACAACUAUUGCGAUUACUAGGACAUCUGUUGCCUCUCCAUGCUUCGUUUCUCGAACAGGUUCUGCAUCGCCUUCGGCCCGAUCAACUCGACGAAGUGACUCGAGCCGGGGUUCUCGCACAAUGUGUAACUGCCGCAAGACACAACCCUGGCAUUGCCAAGUCUAUUCAGACGUUAGUGAAAACGAAACCUGAGGCCAUCCUCUCAGAUGCGUUCAAGUUCCGUCUCUGUUUGCUGGCAGGAUCGAUUCAUCGCACAUUUCAGGGCGCGACCCACGGUGCAUUACUUCGCGCCGUGACACUUCAUUGCGAUUAUGAACUGAAAAGGCUGGACGCUCGAUGGUUGAGGGAGGCGUUGCCCGCGUACCCGCCGUUGGCUAUAGUUGACGCCUGCAUUCUCAGUCCAAGUGAUGAUCGUGUCCAGUUAAUUUCCACCUGUCUGAUGGAUUUCGCCUUUGCUCUGCUAGCCUCGAAAACGAGCGGUCGCGUUUGUCAGCAAGGGGCUCUUAUGGUAUUGAACCUGUGCAAUACCUCGUCGCAAACUGGCACGGCGCAACUGGCCCUCGAUCGGACCCUUCGAAUGCAUUUCCAAAAUCCAACUAACGAGUGCGCAGAUCUUCUGUCAAAACUGCCCUGUGGUCAACUGCCGGCAGCCGUUGGCUGGGACGUGAUCUCAGCACUUCCGUCAGUAAACCCAAGCGUAGCUCGAUCAUUGGUUCGCGUUAUUCUUCAGUCGUGUCCUCAAGUACGUGACGAGCUGCUGAUGUGUUUACGCAAAUGUGUUUUUGGAAGUGAUCCAAGCUCGAGCCUGGUUUCAGCAAAAGGAUUACUCGAGAUUGUCGCUUACUUCACUGUCGACGGUUCAGACGUCUCACAAAACCCUAACGGCCGGUUGUGUCUCGAAGCUCUUGAACUGGUGCGCCGCCUACUUAUAGGCAACAGUCGAGGUUCAACCGAAGUGAGGCGAUGUCUUCUGGAAGGCCUCCCGGAACUUGUGAAAGAAAAUGUUAAAUUGAAAGAAGCUAUCUUCGAGCUGCUUAAGGAUAUCCAUACGGAGAUGCCGAAUGACCCGCAUGUGCUCAUGGCUAUUUCAAAUUGUCUUUGCACCUAUCGGAAAACCCAUGUCAAAGGAUCACCUAAAUCUCGCGUGCUUAAAGAACUCUACAGAGUGCUGUGCUCCCUGGUGGAGCAGGGCGAUCCGACAUGUCUUGACGCACUAGUCCGUUUCGCAGCUGAAUUUGGUCUGGAUCCGUCAGGGAUUCAGGAGUUGAUCAAAAAUGGCAAAGCCAGUGGUAAUGCGGGAAUAACCCGCACGCAGCAACAGGAUCUAAACGAGUCAGACAGCUCACAGGCGUCGUCUAGUGUUGGUGGCUCUACAGCUGAUCGGAGGGCCAAGAAGAAAAAGGGAGAAAAACAACCGCUCGCUUCAGAAUGCUUGUUAAGCAACGAGGUACUUUGUUGGCUACUGCGGACGGAUGCUGUUCCCGUGGAGGUUCGCAUCUACGCAACGGAUGGGCUCGCCCAGAGGAAGCAGCUUGAAGCUCACGAGAGGAGACAGCUACUCGGAGCACUCAAGGAAACGCUGACAAAGCCCUACAUCGACGCCGAAACCAGACGACGGUGUGUAUCGCUGCUUUCCGCGAAUCUUCAGGCAGCUGUGGGCAACGUUUUUAAUAGAGAAGAUGUGCUUGAAGCUCGUGAGGAGCUGCUACGAGAUUUGGGCGUCGACUCGCGCGCAUCUUUUUUCCGCUAUUUGCAAGAGAUGAUUCGUCAGGCGAAUUCUGACUCCCAACGCGAAACAGAUCUUGGUCCGCUGCUCGCCUGCGUACAGUGCCUCUGUUUACUUUUUCCCGAUGACAUAGAGUUGAUGACAGAUAUAUACACCUGGGCGGACAAGGGUUGUACAGAAGCCGGUGUGGCGUAUUUACCGCUCAUGCUUGAUCUAUCGAGUCAUAUAGAAGGCGGUUUGGCCUUGCUGCGCGGUUUGUCCCGUCGACUUUCCUUGCUUUGUGGGCUUCUGGAGGACGGCGGUCGAGAUAUUGAGACUGAAGCCUUUGCCAGCAUUCACACCGAGGAUAUACCCGUCGUGUUUGCACUGUUCAACACCUUCGUACGUGGCAUAAUUGCUCACCUCGAAUGGGUGCUUUCUAAGAUUGGUCUGAGCAGCGAGGUGGAACCGCGCUUCAUUAAGCAACUGUACUACGUGGUAGAGGCGUUAUCAACGGUAACUCAUUCGAUGGUACCCCUUGAACAGGCCGAAGGCCUCUUCCAGAGUGGCGCCAGGGCCUACAAGGUGCUGGCUAGCCUGUCGAAAUACUACUGUGGGGAUCGCGAAGAAGUGUCACCGCGCUACCCUAAACUUGUGCAUUUUGUUCAGAAGACGUGCACGCCACGAUUCGAAACGUUCAUAAUGGCUGUCGAGGAAGAGUCCACACGACGCAAUCUGGGCAAGAAGAAGAAAAACCAGCAGCCCAAAGCCGUCCCUGGAUUUGUGUUUGCCACGGAACAGCAUCACCUUGAGCUGAAUAAACUCGCAAAAAAAAUUGACCUUGGCGACAUUACCACACCAGCAAGUGCCCGCGACUUCAAGAUUAGGGUGGCAGAGGUUCGACGACAACAAGACGAGUUUAGCGAUGAGGAAAUUCCCAACUCCCAGACGGUGCCAUCUACGACAACAGGCCUCAGCAUUAAAGCGAAAGGCUCGGCGCAAAAGCUUACGGAUGCUAUAGAUCAGAGGGGCCGGAAAAAUGUGUUAGAGCAGAACUUCAAGCGUAAGAACUUAGGCGGCAGCGGUGAAGAGCAAAUGGAUCCUCCAAAAGGUCGGCCUCCAAAGAAGCCACGCACAGAGGAGGAAUUGCAAAAAGUAACAAAGCCGGCGAGGGCCCCCAGGACAAAUCGAAGAAAUCAGAUUUCUAAACAGGAGGAAGAACUGGAAAUAGAGGAUCACGAUUUACCCGAAAGUAUAUUCCCUCCGGAUGACGAGACCGAGAAACCAAACAGCAGUCGAUCGGAGAGCUCAGUUGUAAUGUCCAGCACCAGGAUCUCAGAAGUAUCGCCAGCGGUAAUUAACACACCUACAAGUGCCAGUAAACGCAGCGGCCACACAACGGAAAAUGAUCUUUCACCAUUGAAAAAAACUUGCAGGGGCAAAUCAACCUUGUCCACGCCGGCUAGCGACUCAUUAACUUCAAGAACUGCAACGAACGACGAAAACAGAUCGACAAGGACUCGGAAACCUUUGAGGAUCGAUAAUGAAACGGAAAAAGCCGAAGAGAAAGCGGCCUCCCCACAACGAAAGAGGAGGCGUCGCACUUUGGGCAUCAGACCACGCUAAGAAAAAUAUAGAACGCUUUGAAGGUCUAAGGAUGUAAAUGGUUGUUAUUACUAUUAUUCCUUUUUUUAAUAUGGUAAUCGAAAGUAGAAUCUGGAGAGGUAGGGUCUUCAAAAAUGUUGUGUUGUGAUAACGAGUGAUCUUAUCUUUAUGAGCCAUUUUAUAAACACCUGUCUUAAAGUACAAUAGUUGAAGACAAAUCACAAAAAAAUCCAAAAUAAAAACACAUGACUAAUCAGACUGGA